AUGGGUAUACAGGGAUUAUGGCAGAUAUUAGAACCUGUAGCUGAACCAGUAACCUUGGAAUCUCUUGAAGGAAAACGGCUUGCAAUUGAUAUUUCAAUUUGGCUUCAUCAAGCAGCCUAUGGCUACUCGGAACAUCAACUGAAUGCCAAAUAUCCACAUUUAUCAUUGGUAUUACGACGUCUGGCGAAACUUCUGUUUUACAAAAUACGACCAUUUUUUGUUUUCGAUGGUCCAAAUGUACCCAUAUUUAAGAAGAAAUUGCUGCGUGAUCGACAAGUAAAACGUUAUGUGGAAGAACUAACGAUGACUAAAGCACAGAAGCAUGUCCUACAACAAUUGGCCUCCUCACAACUACAUGGUGGUGAGCAACGGGUGGAUGAAUUAAGCGAGGUAUUUGCUUCGCAAACAAAAAGACGCAAAGUUGAUGAUUUGUUCGAUGUGCCAAUUCCAUCAACAUCAAAAGACGAAAUAAAACAUAAAAGUGCGUCGGAUGGAGAAAUUGAAAUAAUUUAUUCAUCUUUUGAGUCAUCACGUUCGUCCGAAUUCGAUCAAACUGAAUUUGAGAGCUUAACCACUCGCGACGAACGAGUUGAUUAUUUGUUGACUGUACGGGACAAAGUUAGAGGUCUCAAGUUGAGAGAGGUUCCGGAUGAUUCGAAAGCUUUUAGUAAUUUGCAAAUCGAUAGACUGCUGAAACGUAACCGGAUAAAUGAGCAACUGCAGUUGCUGAAGAAUGAAGCUUUGAAACUACGAGUAUUCUCCGCAGAUGGGGAACAAGGUUGCUCGAAUAGCACUAUCAAAUUGGCAGCAAUGGAAGGCUUGGAUAGAUUGCAUAUAAUAACAGAUGACAACGAAGUGCAAAUUAUUGACGAUGAAAAAGAAGCAAAGAAGAAAGAUUUAAUUGAUUCAUUAGUUUGGCCAACAUUUCUGGAAAAAAAUGGAGAAAAAAAGGACAUUGAAGAUGCGAAAGAAAUGUUUUUUACUCACCAGACUGACAAGUCAAACGAUUUCAAGAUUGGAGCUUUUCCUUGUGACGACAACGAUGAUGAUGAUGAUGAUGAGGACAGUGCUUUGCAAGAGGCUAUACAUGCUUCACUUCUUGAAAAUUCAGCUGAGAAAUGCAAUAAGUUCCAAAUUGGUACUUAUGGCUAUAAUCAAGAAUCAAAAGGUGAUAUGAUACAGCGUUUACGUACAGCAUUCACUGAAAGAGCUCAAGAUUUGCAUCAUGAUACAUGGUCAUCAUCAUCUAGCGAGAGCAGUGAUGAAUUUGUGGAAAUAUUUCCUGAAUUUUCUGAGAAAUUAGAUGUUCCUUUAUCUAGUACGAAAACCGCCGAAAAUUCAACAAAAUGUGAACCUAAGGAAUGUUUUAUUAAGGAUAACGAUAAGGAAUGCAUCGUCGAAAAGGACAGAAAUAUCGAUGAAUCACAUGAUGACUCGGCAGUUCCAGGUUCAUCUAUGCACAUUAAUCCAGCUAAUGAUUUAGAUAUUUUUGCUUCGACACGAGAAGAAGGUGUUUAUAAGGAUUGUCAGAAUCUGUUGCGUAUUUGCGGGAUACCAUUCGUUAUUGCUCCUGGUGAAGCGGAAGCUCAAUGUUGUGAACUUGAAAAAUUAGGUCUCGUUCAGGGAAUUAUUAGUGAUGAUUCUGAUGUUUGGUUAUUUGGUGCUGCUGUUGUUUACAAAAAUAUGUUCAAUCAAAAACGAAGAUUGCAGAUGUACUCUAUGGAAAGUAUUCGUAAUCAAUUAGGUUUAUCACGUUGGGAAGCAAUUCAAAUAGCUUUACUCUCCGGUGGUGAUUAUACCAAUGGUUUAGAAGGUGUUGGAGUUGUUGCAGCAUUGGAACUGAUUUCAGAGUUUGCUACUACUUCACCACAAUUAGAUGCUGAACCUUCUCAACAGGCUUUUGAAAAUCUAAAACGUAUAUCAGCAUGGUUAAAUCGUCAUGAUAAUUGGGAAGAUUUGCCAUCAAGUAGUGGUUAUAGUAGUGAACAGGAUGUGAAGAAAACAAAAUUUGUGGAGAACACACGACGAUUGAAAUUGAGACGAUUAAUUGAGAAAAAUAACUUUACUGAAACUUUAGAGACGUUUCCAUCUCAUGAUGUAUUUAAUGCAUAUGCGAAACCUUUGGUUGAUAGUUCAACAGAGAAACCGAGAUGGCGGAAUAUUGAUAUGGAUGAAUUGGAAUUGUUUGUUUGGCAGAAGCUAGGAUGGGAUAAGAAGCAGCUAGAAAAGCAAACAAAUCAUUCAUUGCAAAAAUGGAAUGAGUAUUUGAAUCCAUCAGUUGGUGGAAGUGGACAAUCAUAUCAAAUGCAUAUCACAUCAUUUAGUCAUCGUUUACAGAAAUCUGAGCAAGAUCAACGGUUAUUUUUGACAGCACGUGUUCAGGCAGCUCUACAACGUUUAGUUACGGUUAAAAAUUCUCAAAAUCAGGUUUUAUCGGAAAAUGUUGAAGAUAGUUAUGCUCCAGUAAUGAAGAAGAUGAAGAGAAGUGAAAAACAAAAUAGGAAACGACCGAGUAAAUGUGUUGUGGAAAAAUCAACAAGAGGCAAGAAACGAUCGACUAUUAUUCCGAUGAAUAGACGGAAAAAAUUAACUAAAACAAAAAAUGCUGAAAAUAAUUUUGUCCCCAGCGAAUUACAGUUAUCUGAAGGAAGUUCUGAUGAUAAUGAUGUUUGUUAA